AUGCCCAAGUGGCUAUUCGCUCUCCCUGUUGUACGCUCGACCCUCGACUCGAAAUCUAUCCUUGAAAAUGUGUUGACUAAGCUUCAACUAGGCCGCAAGUGGUUCGACUGCGCCGAAUGCCACCAAGAACAGGAAACGCACAUGCUGCAGAAGGCUCAGGAGAUGAUCUUUGCGUGCAAGAAGUGCAAGAAGUGCUUCCGCAAGGAUGCCGCUGAGUUUGAAGAGAGUGAUGAGUAUUGCCCACACUGUGAUAACCACUUCGUUCUUGAGGCCAUGACACCAAAGCCGACGCUGCAGGUGGAAGGGGAUGACGUGCGCAUGGACAGCAGGAUGCUCAAGGAUGACCGCGUCCGGGGCGACCAAGAACGAUCUCUGUUCAACUUACGCGAUGUUUCCGACCGCAUGGGCUAG